ACAAAUUCAUUCCUGAUUUUAGUUCUGCAAACCAGAGUACAUAAUAUGCUUGCUGCCACAGUCGAUGUAUGCACCGUUGACGAUGCUGCGGGUAUAGCCCGCAAUAACAUGUCGGCUUAUUGGACAGACACAACCUGGAAGCUGAAUUUCAAAGAUCGCGAACUUGAGGACAUUAUCGUACAAUGUACCAAGCGAAUACCUACCAAUUUACUCAACGACCGUGCCACAAAGAGACACCAGAAAGUUGUCGAUACGCAGACGGGGACUGUAAUCGGAUACGCUCGAUGGAUCAUGCCCGAUCGACUUACUGGAGACUGGCUCGAGGCGCAGGCUCCUGAAGUCAGCAAAGAAGAAGAAAAGGAAUUCAUGGAGCAGUUUUGCAGUGCAGAUUGGAUGCGUCAGCCCGAUAGGACUGGCUUAGGUCAACCUUUGGCAGACAUCAUGGAGCGAUUGUUGCGCGCCAAAGAUUACAUAGAAUUGGAAUAUCUUGCAGUGCAUCCAGACUACCAACGUCAAGGGGUUGCCAGUCUAUUGGUGGAAAGUGGCAUUGCUGUGUCCGAAAAGCUUGGCGUGGAUCUAAUCGUAAUGGCUUACAAGGCGGCUGUCGGGGUGUAUAAACGACUAGGCUUCGAGAUGCUUGAGUUUCUCAUUCAAGACGAUUCAAAGUUUGGGGGAGGAGGAGAGUUUGGAGCUUAUUUUAUGGCACGCAAGGCCAAGAAAGAGUAACGAGGACUGUCGAUUUGAAAUCAUCGUCUCGAAAGUGAAAUACAGCCUCGUGUGGUUCUCAUUGCCUGGUCCUGUUCACAUUCAUGCAGCACUUUUCUUGAGGUAUAUUUGCAUCAUACAUUACCAAAAUGAAAGGGGGAGGCUUUCCCAGGCGUAACUAUAGCAGAUUAAAGGUCCUAGGUUAGACUAAUUCCAUAUAUACAUGCUUCAACCGAUACAUAUACUAGCUAGAUGAAAGAGAAUACAACGCAUACAAACCCU